AUGGAUAAGUCAUGGAUGCACUCGGAUAGAAGAUCGAAGGCAUAUGAGUUAGGGGUGGAAGCAUUUUUGAACUUUUCUGUAGAAAAUCUUCUAACUACCACACAUAUCCGUUGUCCAUGUGUUAAAUGUGUUAAUUUGAAAUUGUUUGGGGUUGGAAUUAUAAGGGAUCACUUAUACUUUAAUGGAGUUGACCAAAGCUAUAAGAAUUGGACAUUUCACGGAGAACCUUGGGAAGCAGCUACUAAUGCUAGUAGAAAUGUUGAAGAAGAUGAUGACCAUAGUAGGUACAGUUUUGUGUCUGAAGAAAUAGAGAUGGAUGAUAAUGAUUUUGGUGAUUUUGGAUCUGAUCCUUAUGAGUUUGCCAAUGUGAUUGGGGAUGGAGAUCAACCAUUGUACCCUGGUUGUAGAAAGUACACGAAGUUAUCGGCAUUAGUGAAGUUGUAUAAUUUGAAGGCAAAAUAUGGGAUGAGUGAUGUCUGUUUUACAGAAUUAUUGAUACUUCAAGGCGAUUUGCUUCCAGAAGGAAAUACAAUACCGGCCUCUAUGUAUGAGGCAAAAAAGACUUUGUGUGCAUUGGGGCUGAGUUAUGAGAAAAUGCACGCAUGCCCCAAUGAUUGCAUCUUGUAUAGGAAGGAGUAUGAGGAUUUAACUCAUUGUCCUAAUUGUGGUAUCUCAAGGUGGAAGGAAGGCAAAGAUUCAAUCUUGAAAGAGGGUGUGCCAGCGAAGGUGGUGUGGUAUUUUCCUCCAAUUCCAAGGUUUAAAAGGAUGUUUCGAUCACAUGAGACCGCUAAGAGUUUGACUUGGCAUGCUGCUAGAAAAUCAAUUGACGGUUAUAUGUCUCAUCCAGCGGAUUCCCCGUCUUGGAAACUUCUUGAUGAUAAAUGGCCCGAGUUUGGUAAUGAGCCGAGAAACUUGAGAUUGGCUCUUUCAUCUGAUGGAUUCAAUCCCCACAGUUCUCUAAGUAGCAGAUAUAGUUGCUGGCCAGUUAUCUUAGUUACAUAUAAUCUCCCUCCAUGGCUGUGCAUGAAACGAAAGUUCAUGAUGUUGACCUUAUUGAUUUCCGGUCCUAAACAGCCCGGAAAUGAUAUAGACGUCUACUUGGAGCCUUUGAUUGAUGAUUUAAAAUCUUUGUGGGAUGGGAUUGGAGGAGUGUAUGAUGCACAUAAUGGAGAAUACUUUACACUCAGAGCUGCAUUAAUGUGGACAAUUAAUGAUUUCCCCGCCUAUGGAAACUUAUCUGGUUGUGUUGUUAAAGGAUAUAAAGCUUGUCCAAUAUGCGGCGAUGAUACACCUAGUCACAGGUUGAAAAAUGGCCACAAAAUUUGUUACAUUGGGCAUGGAAAAUGGUUACCGAUCAAUCAUCCAUAUAGGAGGCAACGUGCAGCUUUUAAUGGAAAACCUGAAUAUGGCACGCCUCCUGAGCCAUUAACCGGAGAAGAAGUGCUGCAUAUGGUUGAAGAUGGUGACAGAGUUUGUUGGAAGAAGAAAUCAAUAUUCUUUGAUCUCGAGUAUUGGAAAUACCUUCCUGUGAGGCAUGUCCUAGAUGUUAUGCACAUUGAGAAGAAUGUUUGCGAUAGUAUCAUUGGUACAUUGCUGGAGAUCCCUGGAAAAAAUAAAGAUGGGAUUGCUGCUCGAUUAGAUUUAUUGAACAUGGGGGUCAAAACUGAUUUGCAACCCGAGUAUGGAGAAAGACGUACUCGUUUGCCUCCCGGGCCUUGGAAUUUGUCAAGAGCAGAGAAGAGAGAGGUUUGCAAUUUUUUCUAUGGUAUGAAGGUCCCUGAAGAUUCAAGACUUCUUGGCCUUAAAUCACAUGAUUGUCAUACCUUAAUGCAACAAUUGCUCCCUGUGGCAAUUCGUUCUGUUUUGGAGAAGCCUGCAAGAUAUAUGAAAGUGCUAAAGGGGUAUGUUCAGAAUCGUACUCGUCCCGAAGGUUGCAUUGCUGAGCGGUAUAUAGCUAAAAAAGCUGUAAAGUUUUGUACCGAGCAUUUAUCUGAUGUUAGUACAGUUGGAGUGCCUUCAAGCCAAAAGAUGGAAGUUUCAAAGCCAUUAUCAGGUUGCACAGUGAGCGUAGUUGAUCGGGACCUGUUGAACCAAGCACAUCUAUAUGUCUUGGAGAAUACGGAGGAAGUCCUACCUUAUAUCGAGCAACAUAUGAUCCACAUCCAGACCGCUUAUCCAAAAUUUAGAAAGAGAACAAAGUGGCUGCAGGAUAAGCACAAUAGCACUUUCAUUCAAUGGCUACGCUUCAAGAUUGAAUUAAGUUAUGAUUAA